GGCAUUGAGCGCUCAUUACGCUUCGCCCAGGCCCUAGUCUCUCUCAUCGCCACAUAUCCCACCUCUCAACUCGCGGCAUUGCUCUAUCUCACGCCGAUCAACGUCCCACCCGCGGCGUCAUUUCUGCUGCUGAGGUCAAAGAUCAACCUCACCAGACGCCUCCUGCGUUUUUCCCGCUUCUUGGAGCAGUUCAAGCUGGGCUGGGAUUUUUAUGCCGCGGGGAUACUGGAUUUCGACACUCUGCUUGACGUGCUUGGCAAAACGUCCAUGGGCAUCUUUGGUAUGCUUGAGACGGCGACUCUGCUCGAUCUGCUGGAAAUAGACCAGUUUGAGAUAUUCGGAGCGGAGCAGACUGCAAGCUUGAACUACCAAGCACAAUAUUUCUGGCUGACUGCCUUGUGCAUCUCUCUCUUCCGCUCCACCACCAGAUUGUUGCGUAUUUUUGGCAAUCAAGUGGCCUCCAGUCCCCCGUCUAGUAACGAGAAAGAGAAAGACGCGCAGAAGAAAAGCGAGCAUCAAGAUGGAGAUGAGUCAUCGACACAGAAUGGCGAUGAAUCUGCUCCAAGAAAGCCAAACGAGACUCGGAACAAGGGCCUUGGGAAUCAACUAGAAACGAGCAACGGAGCGACAGGAUCCGGCGGGGCUGCCUCGCCGUUGAUCAUGAAGCUCGUGGCCGACGCCAUGGACGUGCUCCUCCCAGCCUCCGCUGUUGGGCUGGUUCAACUAGAUUCUGAAGUGAUUGCAGUGGCCAUGCUUAUAAGCACGGUGAUCACUGCCAACGAUGUAUGGGUUAGGUGUGGCAGGGAGAUGCAUCGUCGUUAG